AUGAAUUUUCGUUCAAAAGUACUUUAUAUAAAAAUUUUGAAAGCUUUAAUGUUGACGAAAUAAUAAAUAUUAGUUGUGCAAUGUGUGAAAGAAGGCUUUAUUUUUGAUUUUAUAAUUGGAGAAUACUUUAGAAGAUAAUAAAAAAUUUUAAUUUUCGUUGUUUAAGAUCAUUUAUCAAUUUAUAUGGUGUUGAAAUUUGUACUCUACCUUCAUAAACAGAUUUUAGCAUUACACCUGAAAUAAUAAAUUGUGAGAAGUAUUAUUCUAAUUGUUUAUAAUGUGUACUUACUCCAAAAUCAAGACUUUAAUGUGCAAUCUGUAAUAAGGAUAUGUGAGUUCAAUAAUCUCAGGAAAUUGCUACUAAUUUAUGUUACUUAAGGAAAUGAUUUUGAGGAAGAUGGAUAUGUCUAAUUGAUUUAAAAUUUUAUGAUGUAAUUUUUACCUGAUUAAUAUUAUUAAUAAUUCACUGCAGAUUAUUUAAAGAAAAUUGAAAUUAAAUGUAAAAGUAGAUAUUAAUUAACAAUAUAUUAAGAGUGUAAAAAUAUUGCAGCAAUUAAUGCUUAAACUGUAAAGUUGAUUAUUUUUCUUUUCUUUGUUUGAAAUGUCCUUUAUAUUAUUACAAAUAACACAUCAGAGUUGAAUUGGAAGGACAAUGUGUCACUUGUUCUAAUUUAUGCCAAUAUUGUUAAGUAAGAAAUGAAGAAGAAAUUUCUGUAAAUUAUUAAAUUUAUAUUAGGCUUUGCAAUCAAAUUUUUUGCUGCAAAUGCAUAAUUUAUAACUAAAUUUUUUAAACCAAUUGAUGAUCCUCAACUAAUCAUCAAUCCUUAUUUUGCCAAUGCUAAAUAUUGUAUUAACGAAAAUUGUUACUUAGAUUUUCCUAUUCUUGGUAUUUUUAAUUAUGUGA